GAUGAUGCACUCACAUCGACGGAGAGGUUGUGAGGUUGCUUCGAUAAGAAUCUAACACACAGGCACUAGUCCAAGGCCACUGAGAAGAGAAAGAAGUCUUUUCACAAGGAAGGUGAAUCUAAGAUGUCCUUAAGCAGCAGCAGUUCAGCUGGGAAAGGUGCGGAUUCGAAUGCUGUUGAUGCCUACGACAGUGGGGAUGAGUGGGAUAUCGGAGUUGGGAAUUUAAUCAUUGACUUGGACGCAGAUUUAGAAAAAGAUCAGCAGAAAAUGGAAAUGUCGGGAUCGAAAGAUGGGAGCAUCCCAGUUCCGAGUGCAGUGGCGGCUCUGCCAGAGAACAUCAAGUUUGUCACGCCAGUUCAAGCACCUCAGGCCAAGGAGAGCAAAUCAAAGGCAAAGAGAAAUAAGAGUGCAAAGGAUGGGGGUAAAUCUGUGUCUGCUGCUUCCCUCUACACACUGGGAGAAUCAGGAAAUGGGAAGAAAGAGAUGCAGGGUCGUUCUGGAGAUUUGACAAAUCCCAGCGGACUGGGGUCUUCCAACAGCACAUCCAAAGGGUCCGAAAAGGGCCCAAAAACUGUCCGGAAUGGAGCUGGAUCGAAAAAGGAUAAGGAGGGUGGAUCAAGCAAAAGCAAAAAGGAUAAAAGUGAGAGCAGUGGAGUUGUGCAGCCUCCCCCUGGAAAUGAUGCAAAUGCUGCACAACAGCUAGGGUUGGGGUCAGGGUCAAAGGGCAGCUCGUUUGAAUGUGCUCCAGGCACAAGCUGCCCUGAUGGGGCUACGGGUCAAGUGCUGGAUUUGGGAAAUGCACCAGUGGAUAGCAACACCAUAUCUAACCUGUUGGGAAUUAAAACAGAGUCUGAGGAAGUUGAAAGUGAGUGUCGACCACUGAAGAAGAUCAAAACAGAGAAGCAGAUGGACUCCCCUGCCUCCACACCGGCUCCCCCACCCCUUCAUCUUCUGCCUCCCGUCAGUAGUGGCGUUGCUUCCCCUGUGGAGCAGAUCAUGGUCCGCACCCGUUCCAUUGCAGUCAAUACCUGUGACGUUGGACUCGCAACAGAGCCUGAAUGCCUAGGGCCCUGUGAACCAGGGACAAGUGUCAAUCUCGAAGGGAUUGUCUGGCAGGAAACGGAGGAUGGUGUACUGGUGGUGAAUGUGACUUGGCGGAACAAAACUUAUGUUGGAACACUUCUGGAUUGCACAAGACAUGACUGGGCACCCCCAAGAUUUUGCGAAUCACCGACGAGUGACCUCGAAAUGAGAGGAAACAAUCGAGGUAGGGGGAAACGGACCCGGCCUACUACAAAUGCCCCAGUGAUUGAGGCCACCACCGUGCCAGACAACAAGGUAGUCACCAAAACCCGGGCAUGCACGAGUAGCAAGGGGCGUCGGGGCAGCCAGAACUCCUCGGACAGACGUACCCCAACUAACACAGUCGAGGACGUCAAGGCAAGCCCGUCAGCUGGAAACAAAAGGAAAAACAAGCCUGCUCCAGACUUGGACGUAACCUCGAGUUCUGAGGACUCAAAAGGAGGGAAGAGGAUGCGUUCAAAUUCACGCGGAACUGCAACCCCGACUCCGGUUACAGGGAUGAAAAGCGAGCCUCCUGUGCCUGAGCAUAACUGUCCGUCACCCGUUCUCAUUGAUUGUCCGCACCCUAACUGCAACAAGAAAUACAAGCACAUUAAUGGCCUCCGCUAUCACCAGGCCCAUGCGCAUACAGACAGUGACGGGAAACUUGAAGGAGAUAUUGACAGCGAGGAGAAGAACUCAGAUGGUGAGGACUGCACCCAACACCCAUCGCUGAGCCAGGAUUCCAGCAGCUGCAAUGGCUCUUCCAGCUCUCACACAUUCUGCCAGGCAAAGGGCUCCAUGUCCCCUGCUCGCUCAGUCACACCCAAAGGCAGGAGAGAAGGCAGCAUGGAAGCUCAUAGUCCUUCCCCUGCUGCAAAACUCAUUGCUGGGAAGGGCUCUAGUAAAAAGAAAGUCUCUUCAGAGGCUGAUACUGAGUCUGGUGGGAUGUAUAAUAUUGAGUGUUCGGAAGAAGGGCCUUCAGUGGCCAGCCCAAGUGAUGAUACAGGCAAUGACGGAGACGAUUCAAGCGAAAAGAAGUCAGUCUUGGAAAAGGAUAAAGCCAAGAAGUCGAGCAGUUUGAAAUCAGAGAAGCUUCCACUCAAAACCAAAUCAGCCAGGCCCAUUGUCCCUGCCAUGCCUGCGCAGAUGUACAGCUUUCCCACUACUGGGUUUACUGCAUCUGGCCCAGGGCCUGCUCAGAGCCUGGCCACCACUGUGGUCCAAGCGAUGUCCAAGAGCCCCCCACUCAAAGCCAUUCAACCCAAGCCAACUGUCAUGGGGGAGCCGUCAACAGUCAACCCAGCUCUCACCCCCUUAAAAGAGAAGAAGAAAAAAGAAAAGAAGAAGAAGGAUGCCAAGGAAGCAGCAAGUCCCAAGCCACUGGGGAAAGGAGGAAAGCCUGAGGAUGGCAAAAGCCCCUUCCGAGAUUCCUCCGCAGAUGCUGCUCCCAAAGGGGAGGGCCUCCUAAAUGGUUCUUCUGAGUCACAUGAGAGUCGCUUGGCAAGUAUCAAAGCCGAAGCGGACAAAAUCUACAGCUUCACCGACAAUGCCCCGAGUCCCUCCAUUGGCACAGCCAGCAGGCUAGAAGGCAGCAGCUUGGUAACACCCAUCACUCCCUUACACGUGGUGACACAGAAUGGAGCCGACAGUUCUUCAGUCAAGACCAAUAGCCCAGCUUACUCUGACAUCUCGGAUGCAGGAGAAGAUGGAGAGGGGAAGGGAGAAGGUGCCAAAGUCAAAACAACAUCUCCGGACCAAAUGGCGAAGGAAAGUGCCAAGAAAGCAUUAUUUUCCUCCUCAUCGUCGACCUCCUCUUCUUCUUCAUCCUCUUCUUCAAGAACUCAGCCACCUUUAACUAAGGAAACUCACUCUCCUUACUAUCAAGGUUAUGAAGCCUACUACUCUCCAAACUACCCCCACUCGAGCCCUGGGGGUGCCAGUAGUGGUUCAGGAGCAGUCAGUCAUUCGGUCAAAAUCAAGAAGGAAGUAGAGGAGGAGGGUGCAGAGGUGAGGGUCAAAGUUGAAAAUGCAGAUGAUAAAAAGAUUGACAUGGGCACUACAAGUCACCAUCCUUCAGUGAUCCAGCAAAGGCCCCAAAUGUACAUGCAGCCUCUCUAUUACGGCCAGUAUGCAUAUAUGCCUCAGUAUGGGUACAGUGAGCAGGGAUACCACAGUCAUGUAAUGAGCACAAAUCCAGCAUACAGGCAGCAAUACGAAAAACUCUGUGAGGAACAACACAAGCAGAGGCAAGAGCAGAAUCGUGGGAAACACAACACCAACGACACCGAGAAGAAGCAAGAGCAUAGCAUUAAAGAUCGAGACAGGGAGGAAUGGAAACAGAAGUCUUCUGCCUCAGCCACACUGUCAAAAGCCCCAAGCCUGACAGACCUUGCAAAGCCGGUGCCCAACAAACCUAAGGACUCAACGGACUCCAUGAAAUAUGCCAUUAUGGCAAAAGCAGACGAUGUCUCCAAGGUGCAGUCCCAGCAAGCUGAGGGACUAAAGAUGAAAUUGACUGAGGGGAGCCACCUUGGCAGGGAGUUAUGUGAAACCAAACCCAGUCUAGAGUCCAGCAAACACUCAGGAAUGGAUCCAACACUAUGGUACAGACAGCAGAUUACAGAGAUAGAACCUGAUCCUAGCUCAUUUACUCAGUACUGCAGUUCAUUGCAUCUUGUGCCGAGACAUGGCAGUGACUUUAAUUCUUCAUCACUAAAGGGAUUUUCGAGAUGCCAGCUAAUUCAUUCCUGGAGAGAGGAAUCUGAAAGCAGGCUGUGGUCUUACGUCUAUCCGAAUAAGUACUCGGAGCAACAAAAGGCAGAAGAGGAACGGUGGAAGGAGGCAGAGCGGGACCGGAAAUUCAAAGAAGAAAGCUCCUCGCGACUAAGAAGCAAAGAGAUAGCAGUAAAAGAGGAAAGCAAAGACAGCAUGUGCUUGGAAUCCCGUUCGACCUCUCUGGAAGAGUGCCGAUCUGUUGGGAAAGAUCCCAGAUCAGGACUUCACAUUCCUGUGUCCUCCUCCAUGGUUCAGCACCCAUCUUACAUGCCAUACGUCCAUGGUUAUCCGUAUGGGAAACCAUAUGAAACCCCACACCCAGGAUUUCGAGGAGUGGCGCCAAUGAUGAUGCAGAACUAUCCAGGGUCGUACCUGUCCUCCGGAUUCUCUUUCUCGCCUUAUGCCAAUAAGGUUCCAGGGCACGAAGAUAGCGAUCGAGCUCGUGGGAGCCCUGGUGGAGGUAGCAAGCCGAGCUCUGAAUCGAUGGCCCUUGAUAUCCUGCAGCAGCAUGCCAGUCAGUACAAGAGCAGGUCACCAACAACGAGUGAUAAACCUCCUCAUGAAAGAGAACGAGGAGAACGAGAGAUCGAUAAAGAACGGCCCCGUUCUUCACCAUCCCAGCGACAGAUCACCUCACAUCAUCACCUUGGGAUGGGCUACCCGUUACUCCCAGGGCAAUAUGACCUUCCAUAUGCAACAGGUCUAUCCUCACCAGCCAUUGUCACAAGCCAACAGGCUGCUGCACAGGCCUCGGUGUCGACCCUGUUCCCACCAGCCAGAAGGUGAGAAUGGAUCUGAAGGGAUGCAAUCACUUCACUCAAAAUCAUGUGACUGGAUCACAUGAGGACGGUCUCCAUUUUCUUAAACAUCAGUUCAAUGGUGUUCCUGGUUACUGCCAUGAAGUUGGGCAGACUAAUGUAAUGUUUCUCCUGUAGGACUGUAGAGACCUUGGUAAUGGAGUUCUGAUGCCUAUUGGAUGGGUUCUGGUGGUUAAGAGCAGGAGGGGUGACAGGCCUGCCUGUCUCACUGUGUAGAUAUAUUAUAGAAUGCACUCUGAUCUGACUUGCCAACCCUGCCAGUUUUUUAAGAUUGACUGCAUCAAUGCUGUUGUUGAGUUCACUGCUUUAUGAGGACUGAAGGGAAUGAUAAUACUAGCCUGCUAUAGGGCUGUUCUGACCUUUGGGCACUCUUUAAUGACCUGGCCUGGAUUGGAAGUUGUUGAUUUGCAAGUGACUCAAUCAUUACUGACAUCCUAAAUUAAUUAUGAAACUUUAUUUGAAUGAACAAUGAAUAGAUUCUGGAAUAUUGGUGCUAUCAGUCUGCCUUCUCAUUCCUGUGUCACCCUUUGCAGUGCACCUUUUAACCAAGGAGAUAGCCCAGGAGCCUUGGGCCCUGGCCCACCCACCUUCAGACAAUGUUUAGUGCGGCAGGGAACAGGUUCUGCUGGCUCUCAAGAUCCUGGGGAAGCAAUGCAGCACAAAAUGGAAGGAGAGUGAUUCUUCUUCAAGGUGAGCAUGGCUGCUCCUUUGUUCCAGGAGGGGAGACAGUCUCGCCCUGGUGAGAUUUGACGUUCGUCUGAAGUCGAAAUGACAUUUGAUAGGCCCCCUGGGACUUCUAGCCACUUUGAAAGUCUGCCUGGAGUUGAUUCAAAUGCUGAGGUAGUGCAAACACAGCUGUCCGAGCUCGCGAAAAGGACUCGAUAGAUACUUCGUCUCUUCUCCUCAAAGUGAGAAGUUGUUUUGGGGCUGGAGAGUGGAACUUGUCCUGUUUCAAGCUGUGUCACGAUCAGCCAAACAGCAAAGCUUCUCCAUUUUCUGUUCUGCUCCAGUCCUAGAGAGGCCUGCAGUCCCCACCACCAGAAUGGUAUUUUCUCCCAUUGGUCCUCAGCAGCGUCCAUCAAUCUCUCUUGUCAUUGUUGCCACAUCCUGAGUGGUCAGCCUCUGUCUAAUUGAUGUGUGAUCGAGUCUGACCAACCUCAAUGCUCAUAGAAAGUAGUUGGAGGAGGGUCCCAGCUGGCUGAGCUCUGCGUUCCUGACCAGCCCCUUCAGCUGAAAGACCCUGAAGCACAUCUGCUACGAUACACCACCAUCAUCUUCUGCAUUCUCCAAAUACACAUCAACGUGCUACCACCAGCCAUCGAGUCCAUAUGAGAGGGACAAGCAGAUGGCAUUUAGAAUCAGAUUGUAGAAAUGGAAACUGUUCCACCAGACUGACUUCUGCUUGGAAACAGUAGUAUAAAUAAGGCUUCCAUAUCCCUCUGCACCCAGGGCGCUGCAUCAGUUUCUGUUUGUAACAAUUGAAACAUGUUAGAGUACAAUUCAGAAUGUGUCUAGGGAAGUACAUCAUUGAGGUCAUUCUGAUCACCUUUAAAAUACAAUGUGCUCCAGACCAGAGGCUUAAAGCUGAUGCUGCCAGUUUCAACCCAUUGUUGUGUUUCUUUUUGCUUGAUGGCUUUGUAUCGAGUGUUAGUGUAUCAGAGCACAGAUUUUACCUUUCAAUGAGUGAGUCCCAGAUUGGCUGCACGGGAGCAAGGAUUAGCAGCCUUAAACCCUUGGGAAAUGUAAAUAGCAUCAUUUAUAAAUCAGGAGCAGUAUCCACAAAAGGCACUUACUUUACGUAGGAUUCACACAAAACAUAUACACCAGUUUAUUUUCAUUUCCAGAGAGCAGUUUCCAGCUAUUCUGUAUAUAAAUCCCUUCAACCUCAUGAUUGGAAUCUAACGUGACGCACACUCAACGUUCCAUGCUCCUUUGGCAACUUCAGGCUGGUUUGAAAUCUGAGAGGUGCUUGUUUGGAACUGUGGUUGUCUUGUAAGAUGCGCACAAAUACGGAAACACACAGAUAACAUGCACAAAUCCCGUCCACGCACAGCCACCCCAAAUCUAAUGACUGUGUGAGAGAUCUGAGGUGGUGCCAUCCAGUGGAGAGAGCCAAUAGUCUGAUUAACCAGGCUGCCAGGAGAUCAGCUUCAGUUACACCACGAACUAGGGACCACCUUUCUUGCCUUUAUCAAGCCACCAAGAGACACGGAGGGCAGAUCCUCAUCACUGUAGUGACUAUUUCCUCCCUUUAAAAACCUAUACCUGGUGUUAGAACAUUUGGCACAGGUUUCUUAAUUGUUUAGCUUCUGAAUUCUUAAAGCUGUUCUCAAGCUUGAGGUUACGGGUUGCUGGGAAUAAUGUUUUGGGAACUAUUGCACCUUUCAUCCGGAAUAUCUGGCACAGAUUAAUGCUGUUCUGUCUUGUGUGAAUAAUAGAGUUGGGGUGAGGGCAGGAUACCCCAGAAUGAAAUGAUCAAUGUUUUUGUGAUUGGGCAAUCUAUAAUCAGUGCGGGUUUUGUGUUGAUGUUUGAACCCUGUGCCUGAGAAAGCAGUGACCUCCCAUCAGCUGACAGACUGCACCUCUCUGCUCACUAUAUCUCGCACUGCUGCCUUGGAGCAGCAUCCGCUGUUCCCUGUCAGGACAGGCUAACCUUUUCAUGAUGGUUUCCCAAUAAACAAGAGUUAAGUUCUGGAGGCAGAGUUUGUUGUUAAAAUGCUGGCAAAUGUUUCUGUAUUGUUGCUGCAAUUUUUCAUUCACCUGACAAAGUGUGUGGGGAAGUGAGUUUGUCUUCAAGGGGAGUGUCCCAGUCCUCGCAGGACUCUGUUUGGACUAGCUCGGGUCAGGAUAUAAUAAACCCUGCCAAGGUGCCACAGUGCACCUAAAGGGAUGGUCACAAUCUAAUCUGCUUCAUCACCUUUGUAAUAGAGAGUUAGAAUGGUCAACAAAGGGUUUUUAAAAAAAAAAUACUGUUACGCUGUAAAAAGAGAAAGAGCAACUUGUUUUUCCUGUUAUUGGAUGGUUCUUGAUGUUCCUCCCUCUCUCUUUGUGUCAUCGAUUUUAUGCAUUCUCGCAGCCAUUUGUUUUCCUGCUCCAAUGAGGCAUCCUCUCUGCCCCUCUGUUUCCAGAGUUAAUUUUCCCCCCCCCCCCCGUCUACUCAGUGUGUAAUGUAACCACCCGUUGCUGCCCGGCGCCGUUUGCUGUAAAUAUUGUACAGAGAAACUAUUGUAAAAUGUUCUUUUUAAAGAAAAGUCCUAGAUUUUGAUUUCCAGAGAUUUUUUUUUUGUUUGUGAAGUUGUUUCCAAAAUCCUAAUUAUGUGAUUUUUUUAUCAUCUUGAACCCUGCUGUUAGGUGCUGGUGAAUUCUAUGGUGUCGGUGGGCCCCACAAAACCCUUCCCUUUAAAAAUGUGGAGUUUGUUUUAAUACUGGGUUAGAAUUUGCUUCCCAUUACAAAACUCUCCAGAGUGCCUGACUGCACUUUCCUCAUUCUGACUGUGCAAAAUAACCAGUGUCUUUCACACUCCUAACUAGAUCCCCAUCCUGAUCCCUGUGCCAAGUAUCAGCCUAUUGUGUCAAGUCUCUUCCACUGCACUUAACCGAAGCUCUGGUUCUGAAAAUCACGUUUCCACAAACUCGCCGUUCUCUCAGUUUCUGCUCCCUAUUGAGCAUCAGCAGCCCUGCACUGUAACUGAAGUACUACACAGCACAGGAACAGACCCUUAGACCCACCAGGAAAGCUAAGGAAGGAAAUACUGACCAUGGAGGGGAUGCAGGGAAUGAUCACCAGCCUGAUUUCUGGGACAACAGAGUAGUCCACUGGGGAGAGAUUGAGCAGACUGGGCUAGCACUCCUUGGAGUUUAGAAAUGACCUCAUAGAAACUUAUAAAAUACUUACCAUGGCAAAGUUAAUACAGAAAGGAUGUUUCCUCAGGCUGUGGUGUCUGAAGCUAGGAGAUAGAACUUCAGGGUAAGGGGAGGCCAUUUGGGACUGAGGAGAGGGGUGUCCUCUCUGGGUGCAGUGAACAUUUGGAAUUCUCUACCCCAGAGGAUUGUGGAUGCUCAGUCAUUGAGUAUGUUCAAGACUGAUACCACAAAUAACUUGAUGGAUUCUAACAUCACCUUGAAUGUCACAACAGACAAAAGUAGGAGAGGGAUAGUUCAAGCAGACAUUCACACACACACACUUGCUGCGCGGGGGUGAGGGGAGGUACCUUCCUUGCCGAGAGUAGGUGCAACAGUUUGUGCCCAAGUGAAGGGACUUGUCUCUGUUUCACUCGGACCAACACUGGAAAAGGUUUGAACCCAUCCUUCAUGUAAGGCUGUGGUACACUGAGCUGAAAAUGUGUUGUUGGAAAAGCAUACACUGACCCACUCCCCCUGGUCUUCACCAGUCACCAUCGAGGGGAAACCUUGCUGUUCUUGUAUUUCAUUUGUCCUGUACUGUUCUAUAGUUUCCUGACCCCAAUUUCUAACCUUGCCCCGUCCGUCCCUCCCCCGUGAAUGUAGCUGUGCGUCAGACUGACGGAGCCUCACCGGUACUUGAAGUGUAGACGUUUACAACAUAUUAUUUUUGUUGCUGCGUUGAAUUGGUUUCCUGAUAAGUCAACUGAAAGCUCUUACUAGUGUAUCUCAUGUAAAGUGUAUAUUAAGGAGUUCUUUUUUAUACAGUACUGUACCUUGCCUUGUGCAUUUAGGCAAAAAAAAGUAAUAAAUCUUUUUAUGAGACAAUCACAA